AUGAGUUCAUGAAAGUUCAUGGACGUAUGACCCAAUCUCAACCAGUGUUCUGUUUAAUUCUGCGUUAUGUAGCCCAAAACCUCAGAUGCCAGAUUUUCUUCGAAAUCUGAUUUAAUAUCUCUCCAGUCUUCCUUCUUCGCCCAAUUCAACCCCACUUAUGAGCUGAGGUGAUCGCCGUACAACCAUAUCAACCUUCCCUCGGCCGGAGGAUCACCCGAUCGACCUGGUUGAGCUUGUGGUAUUGAUCUGAUGGUUUGUCGGGAGAUUGUUAGAGUAGCCAUUUGACGACAUUGGCCGUGUAACUCUUGUUGAAAACACUGGCUUGAACGAGUGGAGUGUCGACCCCUUUGUCUCGUGCAGAUGCUAGAUUCUAAGGCCACCAGUGAGCAUCUGUACCCGUCUACCAUGACGGCUGCAUGGACAUGCUUCGAGUGCGAGCUCUUCCUUCUUCAGUCGUCGACGACAGAUCUUCCUAUCAUUUUUCUUAAUUCGGAUCCGUGAAUUCAAUCCGGAGCUGGCUGGACUCGUACGAAAGCAGAGAGGAGCUACCGAACCAUCGUCCAUUGGUUAGAAGCAGUUCACAGAGGCUUCCAUCUUCAAAGUUCUCGCCCAUUUUGCUGAUGCACACGCGCUCCUUGUCCCGGUAUAGCCCAGAUUUGAGGCAAAGAGGAAGGGACUCGUUUCCUCGCUCGAGGUGCUCGACUCUCCCAUCCGUGCCAGCAGGCAGAGGAAAGCCCUUUAGCCUUCUAUGUCUACGACGAACCUUGACAGCGGCAGGCAGUUCGAGGAAGGUGUCAACCCGCUGGAGCAGAGCAGCGUCACAGGUCUAUCCAUCAUCAUUAGGUCCCGGCUGCCGUGUUGACUUAUCGUCUCAGCUUGCUCGAUGCACAGCCUUUUUUACUGCGUCCCGACAUUUAGGUCCUGUAAAGAAGUAAUUGGAGCGAAGCUCCUGGGACUGUAAUUUCUCCAGUCCACUGCGUCAUCCUUGUCUUUCCUCUGCACUUUUCUGUCCGGAAAUUGACAUGUGCUGCGCAUCGAACAAUUUCAUUCGAUGGGAUCUGCUGACUCGGGGCUCCGUCAGCUUUCCGUGCAUAUUUUAUGCGGAAUGUGCUCGAGGAGAUCCCGACAUGGCUGCGUGCUGAGUCGGCCCUCGGGGCGUGGGAAGAAGGGUGUGGGCUUCUGAAGGGCGCACGCGAGGAAGUGCUGCUGAUGUCGUCGUCUUUGGCUUCGUGUCUAGGAGAUCGCGAUCCAUGACAUGAGCACGCAGGAUCGAGCGCCACAGUCGGCGCUAUGAUGGGUUGCGCAAGAGGGGGGGAGUGGAAUCUCCACGGUGGAGAUUCAGGUGCGAUGGAUGCGAGAGUUGGAUCUGUCCUCUGUACCGAUGCCCUGAUCUUCGCCUGUCGAUUGCGCAACUGCUUGCAGCCCGGUCGACUUUAGGGGUGCAAGAGCUGGGCCAUGGUGGUUCCCGAAGCGGUCUUGUCGCAGGGAGCUCUGGGUGCCCUGCAAUGCGCGACGAUGUGCGUCCGACAUUGCUGUAGAGAUGCGUGAUGUGGUGUUGUCCGAAUGAUAGGCCCUUUGUGUCUGCUAGAUUAGAUACUGUCGUCAGACUCACAGUCUGAUUACGGGAGACUCGUCGUACAGAGGUGCCCACAUCGAGGACAUUAGAGAAUUCAUGAUUUCUUGCAGGAGUUCGAAUCUCCUGGAUUUGAUGACAGAACACCUCAUUUGAUAAGUGAAGGGGCUCUGAAAGAGCGCAGGCCUUGCUUCUGCCAUUACAGAGCCUAAGAUGUCUACGAUGGGGUCGUCAUCACGAGCGAUCGUAUGUCUUUGCGCCAUUCUGAUGUUGUCUAGCGCUAGCCCGAACUCUGCUGGCAUCACCAGCCGUUAUGUGCGUAAACUUGCAGCAAGUGAGGACCUCCCCGAGGACAAUGCUCAUGUCAAAGCUCCCGAAGAGUAUAAUGCUCCUCAGCAGGUUCACAUUCAUCAAGGAGAUUAUGAGGGAACUGCUGUCAUUGUAUCUUGGGUAACCCAAGAUGAACCUGGAGACGGCAAAGUCUUGUACGGUCAGGCCCAAGGCAAUUACACCACUUUUGUAAUCGGUGAAGCUUACAGCUACAGCUUCUACAAUUACACCUCUGGUUUUAUCCACCACGCAGUGAUCAGUGGUCUUCAGUUCGACACUAGGUACUUCUACGCAAUUGGGAGUGGAAAUGUAUCUCGAGAAUUUUGGUUUAUUACUCCCCCGGAGAGCAAGCUGGAUACUUCGUACACCUUCGGUGUUAUUGGUGAUCUUGGACAAACUUUCGACUCCUUGUCCACGUUGGAGCAUUACAUGAACAGCAGUGGACAGUCAGUGUUGUUUGUGGGUGACUUGUCUUAUGCCGAUACCUAUCCCUUUCACAAUAAUAUCCGCUGGGAUACCUGGUCCCGGCUUAUCGAGCCAAGUGCAGCAUUCCAACCAUGGAUCUUAACCGCAGGAAACCACGAGUUGGACUUUCUCCCUGAAUUUGGUGAGACCAUACCUUUUAAGCCAUAUACACAUCGUUUCCACACACCAUUCAGGUCUUCGAACAGCACAUCUCCAUUAUGGUAUUCGAUUAAGAGGGGGCCAGCCACGAUCAUUGUUCUGUCGUCAUAUUCUGCUUUUGGUAAGUACACUCCACAAUAUAAAUGGCUGCUGGCAGCACUGAGAAGAGUGGAUAGAAAUGUGACACCUUGGUUGAUUGUGCUCAUGCACACACCUUUGUAUAAUAGCAACUCAGAUCACUAUUACGAAGGUGAGCCCAUGCGUGUCAUCUUCGAACAAUUCCUUGUGGAAUACAAAGUCGAUGUUGUUUUCGCAGGGCACGUCCACGCUUACGAAAGAACACAUCCAGUUUCGAAUGUGCAGUAUGAUAUAGUGAACGGUCAGUGCAAUCCUCUAGUCGCCGAGAGUUCUCCUGUUUACAUCGUUAUCGGAGAUGGUGGCAAUAUCGAGGGGCUCUCUGCUGAGUCCACUCGGCCACAAGCGGAUUACUCUGCGUUCAGAGAAGCUAGUUUUGGACACGGAAUUCUCGAUAUACAGAAUCACACCCAUGCCUUCUUCACCUGGCACCGAAAUCAGGACGGCGAAAAAGUUGCAGCUGACUCGGCAAUAAUCUCCAACAAAUUCUGGUCUUAAAAAAUACGAGGCUUCACAGAAAUAGGACUAUUGAACGAGAGGAAAUUGUUAUCGGCGUCCCAUGUUUGAGGCCAUCUAUGUGAUGAGAGCCUUCCGUAAUAUCAACGAGAUGGUAGGAUCCAGAAAGUUUUCGCUUUUAUUUCUGAAAUGUAUCACAGUCCAAAGUCGUGCAUGUGCAGAUUUAUUUACGAGAUUAUACUUCCUCCAGCAUGCUAACACAGCAUUUCGUCCCGAUCGAUGCUCCCAUGAACCCGGCCCGUCACACGCUUGUAGUGACUUUAGUGAAAAAUAAAGUACAAGUACUACAUUUUUAGUGGCGGCCUUCGCCUGGUCAUCCCAGAACUUUGUCGGAUCUUUGACCAUUCGAAAUACAUCUCCCAGAAACGGUUCCACAAACUUGGGCCCCGGCAGGUGUUUUCCUUUCCAUAUGUAUGACAGCUGCUAGUGUACCAAAAAAAAACCCACCCCUUCUACGAGCUGCCAUUCUGCCCAGCAGCUGCUACUUGCUCUCGGGGCCCGGAAUUCCAUUCCUCCCGUCUCCAUCACCUCCCUCCGAACCGCUAUCUAGCCAAUCGGUUUCCUUCUUUCUUUUAUACCUCUCAAUCUCUUGAGCCAGCCCGCCUGAUGUAUAUAAUAUAGUACAAGUACUACGUUUUUCACUAAAGCCAAACCUACUUUAUACGAGAAAAUGAUGUAAUACAUUUUGUCAAAUAACGUAAGUCGGGUUGGCUUUAGUGAAAAAAAUGUUGUACCCCCGAUUUAAUCGAUUACGAGACCGUGAGAGGUAACUUGUUGUACAAACACUAUGAUUGAUGUCAUUGGAGUUGCUGAUAGCAUCGAAAAAAAUUCCUUCGUGAAAUCCAGGUCGUCCGCAUGGUCAGUGACGUCGGGAAACAACAAGUCGGAAUAGGGAGGGAAUAUGUCGUCACUUUCCCCCGACAUUCAGAAAGAUGUAGACCUACACGCACCUGAAGGUCAUAAAAUCCAUU